AAAAGUCCUCAAUGAUCAAAUUCCAUUUAAAAAAGAGGAUAUUUACAAACGUUCUGUCAUACUUUCACUGCCUGCGUUGGCUUGUUAACAAGUCCGUUUUGUAUCAAUUUUCCGCCGUCUUUAUAGCGUUUAUUUAUUUAUUUUUCUAUGCACGGGAUUGUCACUUCUUGAUCUCCCAGGUAAACUGCGUUUUGCACAGCCAGAACUGGACUUUGGGAAACAUUCGUAUUUGUCUAUUUCAUUCAUAUAAUUAUUUUUAAAAUCUAAACCUCCUGUUCCACAAGGAUGCGUUGAAAGAUAAUAGAUUUUAAUGCAAAGUGAAAUCUUGCGCGACUCCGGGUUCCCGGUCGUGUGUGGAUUUUGAGGAAGAUCUCAUAUAGUGUUUGUGUGAUUUUGCUAAAAUGCAUCACCAACAGCGAAUGGCUGCCAUAGGGACAGACAAAGAACUAAGCGACUUAUUGGAUUUCAGUGCGAUGCGAAACAGCGAUUUGAAAAUGUUCCCAACAUCAAUGAUGUUCUCGCCUCCUGUUAGUGGUAAAAACGGACCGACCUCCCUGGGAAGUGGACAUUUUGCAGGCUCAAACAUGGAGGACAGAGCCAGUGCAGGGUCUUGGGGAAAUAGAAGUGCCCCUUCAAAGAGUUAUGCUGACGGCUCCCAGUAUGUUCACAUGACUAGCCGGGACAUGGGCUCACACUCACACGACAACAUCUCUCCUCCAUACGUCAACUCCAGACUAGCAGGUAAAACGGAGAGAGGAUCCUACUCCUAUGGAAGAGACUCCACCUUACACGGGUGUCAUCAGCCGAGUCUCCUGGCAGGAGAGAUGGGCAUGGGCAGUCCUGGGGCGGUGUCGCCCACCAAGCCUGGAUCCCAGUAUUACCAGCACUACAACAACAACAACCCUCGCCGGAGGCCACUGCACAGCGACAACAUGGAGGUCCAUACAAAGAAAGUUCGGAAAGUUCCCCCCGGUUUGCCUUCCUCAGUAUACGCCCCGUCUGCCAGCACGGCUGACUACAACAGGGACUCACCGGUGUACCCCUCUUCCAAACCCCCCAGUGGAGGGUUCCCCAGUUCCUUCUUCAUGUCAGACGGUCACCACAGUGCUGACCCAUGGAGCUCCUCCAGCGGUAUGAACCAGCCUGGUUACAGCGGCAUGCUGGGUAACUCCUCCCACGGCCCCCAGAGCAGCAGCUACUGUGGCACCCACCCACAUGACCGGCUGAGCUACCCGUCACACUCCUCGGCAGACAUCAACCCCAGUCUUCCUCCCAUGUCCAGUUUCCAUCGUAGCACUGGCUCCAAUCAGUACAGUACAGCUUCCUGCACUGCCACCACCAACGGCACAGAGAGCAUCAUGGGUAAGACCUGGGAACAAGGACACAGGGCUGCAGAAGACAGGACAGAAGACAGGACAGAUCACAGGGCUGAUUACAGGACUGAAGACAGGACAGAACACAGGGCUGAUUACAGGACUGAAGACAGGACAGAACACAGGGCUGAUUACAGUGCUAACCGGGUGCAGAGCGGGGCACCGAGCAGCUCUCAGACUGGAGACGCCCUGGGGAAGGCUCUCGCUUCGAUCUACUCUCCAGACCACACGAACAACAGCUUCUCGUCCAACCCGUCGACCCCUGUCGGCUCUCCCCCGUCACUCACAGCUGCUAGUUCUGCUAUGUGGUCCAGGAACGGAGGACAAGGGCCCUCCUCCCCCAACUAUGAGGCUCCUCUACACUCUCUGCAGAGCCGUAUCGAGGACCGCCUGGAGCGCCUGGACGAUGCCAUCCAUGUCCUGCGGAGUCACGCGGUGGGGCCCUCCACAGGCAUGCCCAGCAUGCACCAAGACAUGCACAGCCUCAUCGGGGCAGCACACAACGGGGCCAUGGGAGGACUGGGCGCUGGAUAUGGCACGGGACUACUCUCUGCCAACCGCCACUCAAUCAUGGUGGGCUCUCACAGGGAGGAUGGUGGCGUGGGCAUCCAUCCCAUCAGACCCAACCAAGUGCCAGUCCCCCAGCUCCCCCAGCAGUCUGCCACGUCACCAAAUCUACACCAGACUGAUACAUACCGGGCUCUCUCCAGUGGUCUCCAGGGCCAGAGUGCCUCGUCUGUCUCGUCAGAGAUCAAGUCAGAGGACGAGGGGGAUGAGAACCUGCAGGAUGCCAGAUCUAUGGAGGCCAAGAAAGAGGAGCCUGACAACAAGGACCUCAAGUCUAUUGAUAGCAACGCGGAUGACGAGGACUUGUCUCCGGAGCAGAAGAUCGAACGUGAGAAGGAACGCAGGAUGGCCAAUAACGCCCGGGAGCGGCUGCGCGUCCGUGACAUCAACGAGGCCUUCAAGGAGCUGGGCCGCAUGGUGCAGCUGCACCUGAAGAGCGACAAGCCACAGACCAAACUGCUCAUACUGCAUCAGGCCGUGGCCGUCAUACUGAGUUUGGAGCAGCAAGUCAGAGAGAGGAACCUGAACCCUAAGGCUGCGUGUCUGAAGAGACGUGAGGAGGAAAAAGGUUCGUCGGACGGCGGAGCGGCCCUCUCCCUGGCCGGGGCACACCACGCCAUGGGGGACGCCUCCAACCCAAUGGGACAAAUGUCCAAGCUCCCGGAGUUCAUCAAGAUGAUGAGCGACCACUUCCUUUGACAACAUUCUCCUAUUUCCUGAACCAAUCAAUCAACCGAUCACGUCAAUCAACGAUCGAUCUGACCACCUGAUCUGACCAAUGUCUUUCGUCUUCUGUAGAAAUGAACGAACUGCAAAUGUAUAUCGAAAACAUAACAGAGAUGUUCCUUCUUCUUCUCCUUCUUCUUCUUCUUCUUCUUCUUCUUCUUUUAAGCAUUCCCAGUAAAAAAAAAAAAAAGUUAUUAUAUAUGUUAAAGAAAAAGAAAAAAGUAACACAAAAAAAGUAAACGCAGCUACGUGAUGAUGGGAGACAUAUCAUUAUGUUGCAGGACUCAGCUGCUGUCUCAACUGAAUGGCAAUCUUCUCCACACUGUGGAAACUCUUGCAGUCGUGCCUGAACUCCUCCUUGAUGUUUAAGUUAAAUAGAUAUAUACGAAAAAUCAAUCAGUCAGUCUGGAGAGGGGGGGUAUAUAUAGAAAAAGAAAAAAGAAAAAAAAGUAGAGAUUAUGUAAAAUUUCAAGAAUUCUUUUAAAACAUGCAAUAAUGAUUAAAAAAAUGUGUACUUCUAAUCUAAAAACAGAACAGAUACAUUUUAAGAUAACACUUUGUUUUUGGCCCCUAAGUUGGCUAGUAUAGCUGAAUACUAGAAAGCAGUGUUGGGGAACAUUACUUUUAAAAGUAACUCGUUAGGUUACAAUGUUACUGCCAUUAAAAGUAACUUCUUACAUUACACUGUUACUUACUGUGGAAAGUAACUCUGUGGACAAUACUUUUGCGUUACCAAAAACAAGAAAACCCUCUGAAAAUGUCUUGCGCGUGUUGGUCAUUCUUUUGGCCAGUAGAGGGAGUUCUACCUACUUAACCCUCGGUGCUGCACUGAUGUCAUCGGACAUCAUGGGCGAGCUCAAGACCGAGAUCUCUGUCAGAUUUCCUAAUAGUUGUUUCAGUUGUUUUAGUAAAUUGAACCGUGUAUUUUGCAAUAAACAAUGUCUUAAUUUUUAAUCGCAUUAUUAUUUGACAUUUGUAGUUCAGCAGCAUAUAUUGAAAUGUAACUGUUCCACAAAAAAAAUGCGUGAAGGAGGAAAUAUGUAUACACAUUAUGAUAAUAAGGAAAGAUAAAAUAAGAUAUUAAAGCUUUUGCUGUUUUGGAGCAGAAGCACCGUCAUCCUCAGCAUCAACGGCAAUCGGCUGGCGUGGGUCUGGUGGAGCUGUGCUUGGCCUGAUGGUGCUUCUUGAUAUUUGAAGUUGAGUUCUUCGGAGUUGACAGACGCUGAGCCCCGAGGGCGUUGACAGGCGCUGAGCCCCGAGGGUGUUGACAGGAGCUGAGCCCAGAGGGCGUUGACAGACGCUGAACCCCGAGGGCGUUGACAGGCGCUGAGCCCCGAGGGCGUUGACAGGCGCUGAGCCCCGAGGGCGUUGACAGGCGCUGAGCCCCGAGGGCGUUGACAGGCGCUGAGCCCCGAGGGCGUUGACAGGCGCUGAGCCCCGAGGGCUUUGACAGCCGCUGAGCCGCGAGGGCGUUGACAGGCGCUGAGCCCCGAGGGCGUUGACAGGCGCUGAGCCCCGAGGCUCAGUUAACAUUUUAUUAUAAUGUUUUUCUCCAAUUCUAAAUCAUGUGAAAACUUUCACCACGUAGAAGCUGUUGUCUCUGCCACCUUGUUAGCUUCCUGCCACAACGUUCUUGAAGAGACAGGAAGAGCGUGAACUUAUGGGAAGAGUUUUUAAUUUUUUAUUUGGCAAAGGGAAUAAUAUUUAAAAUUAACGAUUUGCUUAUUUGAAAAAGUAACUAAGUAUCUGAUUUCUUAAAUUGAAAAACUAACACGUUAAGUUACUCGUUACCACAAAAAAAUAAUUUGAGUACUCUAACGCGUCACUUUGUAAGGUGUUACCCCCAACACUGCUAGAGAGGAGAGAGGGGAAACAUUGCUAACUCAUAGCCACUCCAAACCAGCAGACGUCCUGAUUCAGAUUGAAAUGUGUUUUCAUUGGCCAUUCCUUUGCGUGGGCGGAGCAGAUGAGCAAAUGGAACCUUGUGAUUAGAGGGCAGGCCGUUGGUAGUGUUACUCUUCGUUACUCCAUGUUACAGAAGGAAGGAAGGAAGGAAGGAAGGAAGGAA